CAGUCGCAAACCACCGACCUCACCAAACACCGCCCACAACAUCAGCAAUCAUGGGCAUGCUAUUAUCGCUGCCGCUGAUGGCGGUGCCCAGCAUGGGUACCCUCCUCACAUUUGGCGCCAGCUGCUGCGGUGCCGCAACAUGCUCCGCCGUGUGCUCUGCCUGCGGCAAAUGCAACAACAGCAUCGCAACUCGAAUCGCCUACGCCGCCAUCCUCCUUCUCAACUCGCUUCUCUCCUGGGUCAUGCUCACCGAUUGGGCCGUCAAGAAACUGCAAAAGGUUCUACUGGACUACGUCACGGUCGAUUGUCUGGGCCAUGAAUGUUUCGGUUUCGCGGCAGUGCAUCGCAUCAACUUUGCGCUGGGCCUGUUUCAUUGUGUACUGGCCGUGUUGUUGAUUGGAGUGAACAGUUCAAAGGACAAGAGGGCGGCGAUACAAAAUGGAUUCUGGGGCCCGAAAAUUAUCGUUUGGUUGGGCUUGAUUGCGCUCAGCUUUUUGAUCCCGAACACGUUCUUCGAGGUCUGGGGCAAUUAUGUGGCUCUGGUCGGAGCAGUCUUAUUCCUCUUCCUCGGACUGGUCCUGCUGGUCGAUUUGGCGCAUAGCUUUGCGGAGUUCUGCAUUGACAAGAUUGAGGACACGGAUUCUGGACUGUGGCGCGGAAUCCUUAUCGGCUCGACUUUGGGCAUGUAUCUCGGAGCGAUCGCCCUGACGAUUGUCAUGUACAUUUUCUUCGCCAACAGCGGAUGUGGCAUGAAUCAGGCCGCGAUCACGAUGAACUUGAUCUUCCUGGUUGGCAUCAGUGUCAUGUCAAUUCACCCAACCAUUCAGGCGAACAACCCACGCGCUGGACUUGCUCAGGCUGCUGUGGUGGCUAUUUACUGCACUUAUCUCACAUUCAGUGCGGUAGCAAUGGAGCCGGAUGACAAGAGCUGCAAUCCACUGGUCAGAGCUGCCGGGUCGCGCAAGGCCAGCAUUGUCCUGGGAGCGGUUGUCACAUUCGUCACUUGUGCUUACACCACCACACGUGCGGCUACAUAUGGUCUCGCAAUGGGCGCUGGUAAUAAGGGGUAUGUCUCACUCGACAACGAAGCCGAUAGCCAUGAUUUGGUCGACACUCAACCUGAAUCCCGCCGCGCCAUGCGACAGGAAGCAUUGCGAAGAGCAGUCGAAUCCGGCGCACUUCCUGCUUCUGCCCUGGACGAGAGCGAUGAUGAAGACGACGAAGAAAGCGCUAAGCACAAGAAUGACGAUGAGAAGCAACGCACGCAGUACAACUAUUCCUUGUACCACAUCAUCUUCAUGCUGGCCACUGCCUGGGUUGCUACACUCUUGACACAAAACAUCGGAGGUGAUAAGAACAUCGAAAAGGGCGAUUUUGUGCCAGUGGGCAGAACGUACUGGGCAAGUUGGGUCAAGAUCGUGUGUGCGUGGGUAUGCUACGGCAUUUUUGGAUGGACACUCGCAGCACCGAUCAUCAUGCCUGAUCGGUUUGAUUAUUCAUAA